GUAUCCUCUCCAAAGUUGACUUCGGCGCGACUCUGCGCGAACUGCGCUACUUGGAUGGCGGCGGGCAGGGAAACUCAUGUCCCGCUCGGCGGAUCUUGAUGAUGGGGUGCGGGCGGCGGCUCCUGCUCCUGGGGGUCGUCGCCCUCCUGCUGUUGGAUGGCUCUGGCGGCUCCUCCUCCUCCUCACAUUCCCUGAGGAAUUGCCACUCCGCCGUGUCAGAGCCCAGCCCAGGGCUGCCCCAGUUCAUUGCUGUGGGUUAUGUGGAUGACCAGCUUAUCACUCGCUAUGACAGCCAAACUCAGAAGACCACGCUCAUAGCCGCUUGGAUGAAUAAGGUGAAGCAGGCCGAUCGCCAGUACUUGGCUGAGGCAGACAAGGAAUUGCAGGAGACUGAGAGAAAGUUCAGAGAAAGCCUGGUGACACUUCAGGAUCACUUCCACCAGAAUAGCAGCACAGGACUCCACAUCCUGCAGCUCAUACAUGAGUGCAAGUUGGGCCCAGACGGAGGAGGGUUCUGGAAGUACGCCUAUGAUGGGAAAGACCUCUUGGCCCUCAACAUGGAGAUCUCCAACUGGAAGGCCUGCGUGCCACAGGCCGAGAUCUUAAAGGAGAAGCUGAAUGGCCUCCUGGGAGAUCCCCGUGAGCGCAAACACCACCUGAACGAGACCUGCGUGGAGUGGCUGGAGACAUACCUGGGCUAUGGGAAGGAGACCUUGGAGAGGACCGUUCUCCCGACCUUGAGAGUGGUGCACAAAAAGGGUGCCGCUGGCCAGGAGACCCUCACCUGCCAGCUCUACGGUUUCCACCCCAAGAAGAGCGAGUUCACCUGGAUGAAGGAUGGCAGAGACCAGAAGCCGCACACCUUUACAAGGGGUGUCCUCCCCAACUCGGACGGGACCUACUACACCUCACUCAGCAUCAAAGUGGAGUACAAGGAGAGGGACCACUACUGGUGCCGAGUGGGGAACAGCAGCCUUCCAGUCCCUCUGGAUAAGGCCGUGGAGGAGCCAGUACCCAUCUGGGGGCUCGUCCUGGGCAUCUCUGGGGGUGUCUUGCCAAUUGGCAUCUCGGUCAUCCUGGCUGUUGUCAUCUACAUGAAGAAACGCCGACCACAGGGUGGCUAUGCCUUAACCUCAAGAGAUAGUGACCAGGGGUCUGACAACGACAGCGACGCGGAUAGCGGCCAGGUGUCUAACCGCACCCGUGAUGGUGUCCACAUCCAAAUGUUUUCCCGUCCCAUAGAUGGAGACAGUGACCAGGGGUCUAACUGCUCCACUCAAAGGCUGGUGUUAGAAGAGACCCCAGGGAAUCUGCCCAACUCUACAACAGUUUGACCAUUUUGAAUGCCUUCUUUUUUUUAGAGAGCCAGUUUGGUGUAGUGGUUAAGUUUGUGGACUCUA